UAGGAAUAUUAUUUGCAAUGUGGAUGUGGUAUGCAUCCUCAAAAGAUAAAGGUGUUGUAGCUAAAAAAGAAAGUGAUAAAAAAAAAUGGCUUGCAAAUGCAGAAAUUAUUACUUACACCAAUUCAAAAGUAUCCUUGCCUCCACCUUUGUGGGCAACACCACAAUUUACUUUUCAAACAUUUUUGCCUGGUUAUAAAGAUGCUAUAAACAAAGGAGAAGUACCUAGAUCCAAAAAGAUAGAAAUACGAAGGGACAUUGUAGAAAGAAUAGAACCAAGUGAUGGGUUAGAUGGAUUUAAUGGAUUGAUGAAUAAUGAAGAAGGUAUUAAUAAAUACCGAAAUGAUAUCAGAGCCGGUAAAGCAGUUCUUAUUCCAGCCGGCAAAGCUAUUGGUAAAGGUACAGGAGAUAUGUCAGCAAAUCUAUCAACAGCGAUGUCUACUUCGCUUGAUUUUGCACCAUCUAGUCCGACACUUUCUGCCGUUAACAUUAAAUCUAGAGACCGUAUGUCAAACGGUAUCUCUAAUGGAUACACAAGUUCAAAGAUUACGGAUGAUGUGU